AUUAUAGAAAGCGAAGAGAGGGAAGGAGUUUAGACAGAUUUUAAAAAUCUGAAAGAAAAAAAAAACUGAAAAACCUUUGUAGUUGAUUUGAGAUUUGUGUUAGGGAAAAUGGCAGCACCAGAUCACUUGUUCAAUUUGAGGAACAAUUUCUACUUGGGUUCAUACCAGGCCGCCAUCAACAACAGCGAUCUUCCCAACCUCUCCCCCGACGACGCCGUCGAGCGCGACUGCCUCGUCUACCGCUCUUACAUCGCCCUCGGCAGCUACCAGCUGGUGAUCAAUGAGAUCGACUCCGCCGCCGCCACUCCUCUCCAAGCCGUUAAAUUACUGGCCCAAUAUCUCUCCAACCCUCACGAUAAGGAGUCAAUAAUUGCGAGCUUGAAAGAGUGGUUGGCAGAUCCAGCAAUUGGAAACAAUGCCACAUUAAGGUUGAUUGCUGGAAUCGUUUUCAUGAAUGAAGAAGAUUAUAAUGAAGCUCUUAAACACACCAAUGCUGGUGGCACCAUGGAACUCCAUGCAUUGAAUGUGCAAAUCUUCAUUAAGAUGCACCGGUCAGAUUAUGCAGAAAGACAACUUAGAGUCAUGCAGCAGAUUGAUGAGGACCAUACAUUGACUCAACUAGCAAACGCAUGGUUGAAUCUGGCAGUGGGUGGUUCCAAGAUACAGGAAGCAUAUCUCAUCUUCCAAGAUUUCUCUGAGAAAUAUCCAAUGACUGGAUUGAUCCUAAAUGGGAAGGCUGUCUGCUGUAUGCACAUGGGGAACUUUGAUGAGGCUGAAACACUGCUACUUGAAGCACUUAAUAAGGACGCCAAGGAUUCUGAAACUCUGGCCAACAUGGUUGUAUGCAGCCUACACCUUGGUAAAUCAACUUCACGUUACCUAAGCCAACUGAAACUCACACACCCAGAGCACAUUCUUGUCAAGCGUGCAGCAUCCGCAGAAGACAGCUUCGAAAGAGCGGUGCAAUCAGUUGGUUGAAGAUGUGCAGUUGGUUUUUUGUUGUGUACACAAUUUGUUAUGUGUAUGAUCAAUUAUGAGAUUGUUGGCUAGUUUAGUGCUUUCUCAGUAAUAUGAAAGGCUACUUGGAGACAUUUGGAUCCUAUGGUUUUUUACUAUUGCUUGUACUGUUAAUCAUAAAUUUAUAUCA